AUGGCUGUCCUCGUCGCGGAGCUCAUCCUCAGAUUCACAGGUCAGUCCAGUCAACGAACCCAGCCCAGCUCGGGGUAUCUGUAUCUCCCAGCCAUGGAAAGCUUGAAUCUGUCGACGGCGACGGUGGGGCGCGGCUUGCAAGGUAGUGUUAUUCCUGUCCCAUUCUAUGCCAAUUUUCAACAAGUCAUUCCCGUGUAUUCACUGACACUAGAUCUUCCUGCCCCCUUGAUCAUUCUAGAGACUAAGUUCUGCACUGUCACUCCCAUUGUUGCCAUGGCUGCUUUGGAAGCUAUGAAGCCAAUGCCGUGGAGCAUGCUGUGGACUACAAUGUGCAUGAAGGCAGACUAUACCACUCCUGUUGAUUCUGUCACCACCUCAGAGCAAACAGGUGGUGAAACUGAAGCCACCUCGGAGCAAACAGGUGGCGAAACUGAAGAGCCAGCCAUUGUAGCACCUGCUAAUGAAUAUACAGUGCAGGAGGCUGCUCCUCAACAGAAGUGUGCAAAGAUACACGACUUUUGCCUAGGGAUACCUUUUGGUGGAUUUUUAUUCUCCAUGGGCCUUAUUGGAUUUCUAUUUCGGAGGAGCCCUGCGAGUCUUACUUUCGGUGUUGCACCUGGCCUUGCUAUCUUGGCCCUUGCUGUACUUAGCCUUAAGGUUUGGAGGAGUGGAAAGUCCAGUUUACCGUUCAUAUUGGCGCAAGCAGGCAUUGCCGCUGCGGUAGCAUGGAAGCACUGCCAGGCGUACACCACUACGAGGAAUCUGCUUCCGUGGGGCUUCUAUGUCGCACUGAGUGCUGCUAUGAUCUGCUUCUACUCCUAUGUUGUUCUUGCUGGAGGGAAUCCACCUCCUAAGAAAGCAAAGGCUGCUGCUUGA